AUGGGGCUCACGCAUGCGUCGCAGGUUGUACGCGUGUGUCACAGGCUGUACACGCCUGUUAUGGGGCACACGGGUCACGCACGCGUGUCGCGGGCUGCACACGCGUGUUUCGAGGUGCACACGCGUGUCACGGGCUGUACAGGUGUGCCACAGGUCGCACACGCGUGUCACAGGCCGUACGAGCCUGUCAGGGGGCACACGGUGUGCACGCGUGCGUCACAGCUCAUACACGCGUGUCACUGGCUGUCACCCGUGUCUCACACGUCCCACACGCGUGUCACAGGUCCCACACGCGUGUCAGGUGUCACACCCCACAUCGAGGCGAUUCCCUGCAAGAUCUGCGGGGACAAAUCCUCCGGGGUGCACUACGGGGUCAUCACCUGCGAGGGCUGCAAGGGCUUCUUCCGGCGCAGCGAGCGGCGCGGGCCCAGCCUGGCCCCGUGUCACCGCGGGCAGCGCUGCGACAUCGACCGCGCCACCCGCACGCGCUGCCAGCACUGCCGCCUGCAGAAGUGCCUGCGCCUCGGCAUGUCCCGCGACGCCGUCAAGUUCGGCCGCAUGUCCAAGAAGCGGCGGGAGCGGCUGCAGGCGGAGGUGCUGGAACAGCUGGAAAAGGACCGGGAACAAAACCGGGAACAAAACCGGGACCAAAACCGGGACCAAAACCGGGACCAAAACCGGGAACAGACCCGGGACCAGACCCGGGAACAGACCCGGGAACACCGGGAACAAAACCGGGAACAGACCCGGGAAACACCGGGAAACCGGGAGAAAUGGGCAAAAGGGGAACAGGGGGAGAAACGGGAGAAGCGGGACCAGGACCGGGCGGCCCCGGUGCCCCCGCCGCCGUUGUGGCGCUGUCCCCCGCUGUCCCCCGCUGUCCCCGCGGGCUGUCCCAGCAGGGCGUGGCCCGCGGAGGAGGCGACAAGGAGGGGACAGGACGGGGACAGCGCGGGGACAGCGGGGACGGGGCCGGUGCCUCUGCCCGGUGCCGGCGGCGUCCCGGAGGCACCGGCGGGGCUGGAGAUCGAGCUGCUGACACAGAGUGUCCUGCUGUCACACCGUGCCACGUGCCACCCCCGUGCCGAGGACAUCCAGGGCCACCGCUGGGCCACCUUCAGCCCCGAGGAGAUCCGCGCCUACCAGAGCCAGCCCAUGGCGGCCAUGUGGCAGCGCUGUGCCCGCCGUGUCACCGAGGCCAUCGAGCGCGUGGUGGAGUUCGCCAAGCGCCUGCGCGGCUUCCGGCAGCUCGGCCAGCACGACCAGAUCGUCCUGCUCAAGGCGGGUGCCAUGGAGGUUGUCCUGCUCCGCGUGUGCCGCGCCUUCGACGCCGCCACGGGCACGGUGCUGUUCGAGGGCAAACUGGCGGGGCCCGAGCUCUUCCGCUCGCUGGGGUGUCCCGAGCUGGUGGCGUCCGUGUUUGAUUUGGCGCGGGGGCUGAGCGCGCUGCGCUGCUCCGAGAGCGAGCUGGCGCUGCUGAGCGCGCUGCUGCUGCUCAACGCCGGCCGGCCGUGGCUGCAGGACCGCCCGCGGGUGGCGCGGCUGCACGGACAGAUCGAUGUCGCCUUCCGGGGGCUGCUGCGCCGGACCCGCCGCGAGGGGAUCCUGCCACGGCUGCCCGCCCCGGGCCGGCUCCGCGCUCUGUGCUCGCAGCACCUGGAGCAGGUUCAGGCUUUCCGCCGCCUGCACCCCGCGGGGGUCUCGGCCGCCUUCCCGCCGCUCUACCGGGAGCUCUUCGCCCCCGACGCCGCCGAUGGCCCCGCGGGGACCCGCUGA